UAUAUAAGGAGCACAGAACAGCCUCUGGCCACGAGACCCCAGAUCGUCCUACAAACACUAUAAUCUGAACCUAAGGAGCUUCCUUCGCACUAAUCACUAUGAUCGCCUUUCGGAUGAUGAUUUUAGCGACGGUCGUAGCGUUGUUGAUGACUCAGGCUCAUGCCCGCCUCAAAGAACGUGAGGCCUACCCCUCGGAAUGCCAAGGUUCUUUCAACGUGGCGGCCUUGAGAGCGGUGAAUGAUUUGUGUGUUAAAUGCGAAAACGAAACUCAGGACUCGAUUUUUGCCAAAUGCAAGGCGAACUGCUUCAACAACGCUAUCUUCGCCGGUUGUCUGGAUUUGCUUCAACUGCCAGAAAGUGAAAAAGCUACGUACCAAGGGCAUGUGCGGUUGCUGGGUAAGUAGUCCUACUUCGCCUGCAGUGACCAGACGCUGUCACAAGAUAUCGGAAGGCGAGGGCGUUCAGGGAGAAACUGUUUGUCAUGAACGAAGCAAUGAAUUGUGUUUCCUCUCGCCUGAAAUAAAUGUUUCAGCAACUUAGAUGUU